AUGGGAAGACCACCUAGAGCCCCAAAGAGAGUAUACAAGAAGAAAGCCACCGAAGAAAAUAAGGAAGGCGAUAACAAGGCUGCUAAGGCUAAGGCCGUCUUGACCAGAGGAAGAUUCUUGAAGGGAAAACAUAAGGUAUGGACUACUGCCACCUUCAGAAGACCAAAAACUUUGGCUCAAGCUAGGACUCCAAAGUAUUUGAGACACAGUACUUUGAAAGCAGGAACUGUUAACAAAUACUCGGUUAUUGAAUACCCAUUGGUUGGUGAAUCUGCCUCUAAAUUGAUGGAAGACCAAAACACUCUGGUUUUCAUUGUCAACCUCAAGUCUACCAAGCCAGAUAUUAAGAGAACCUUCAAAGAGAGAUUCAACGUUGACAUUAGGAAAGUAAACACUCUCAUUAGACCAGAUGGAAAGAAGAAGGCUUUCAUUACUCUUAAGGGAGAGCAGGCUGCUGUUGAGCUCGGAUCAAAAAUUGGUAUCAUCUAAUCAAUUUCUAACAUUCCUUAAAGUCAUAUAUAACCACA